AUGCCCAAGCACGCUACAAAUGGUGGUAGCGGUCCGCGCAAGGACCCAAAAAAAUUUUGUAGCCCAUCGGCAGUGACGGAGCAGAUGUUCUUCCCCCGUUACGCCCCUCCGGUCUGCGAGCUGGAUGACGAUUUCGAGGCGUGGUUUGCCAAAAUUCAAGAUGCGCUGAGUGCGGUCGAGCUCGAUCGCCGCUCAGCCUGCGUUAUGAGGUUCAUGUCUAGACAAGCCACGUUAAGGGUGAACAGAGCAGGCUGUACGCCUGACACGCCCUACAAAACUCUCGUUCAGACCCUGAAGAACACUUUCGUUAGCCCCUCUGACAAAGCCCUUCGUCCUGCUCUCCCGCUGGUCUGUCCGAAAGUGCUGCAAUGGAGACGGAAAAGUCGUCGGUUAAUUGGCUGUUUUCGGCGGCUCUUCAAUGCCCACGUGGCGCCAGGGUGUAGGAAGUCGAGCCCCCGGUCACAUGUGGACGCCAUCAUGCUGUGUUAUUCACCCUCGACUAAUGACUGA